CCUGACGCAGGCUAUCUCAUAGGUCACAGCGCAUGGAAAGCGCCUGUUCCCAAUAGAUUUCAUGCCAUGACGCAGCUAAAGCAUCUACCCAAUCGAACGUUACCUAUAGGAAACAGACAUUGACAGAACUUUACCUUAUCGAAUUCACUAAUACCUACAUGAUAUAGACUUGCAUUCCUCAUAUUACCACACAUUCAACUCCAGUAUAGCAUCCAAGUGUUUGAAUCUGAUAUUGGAUUUAUAACCUCAUUCUACACAUCUAUUUACAUCUAAGCCUUAGCCAAUAAAACCUAUUAACUAAAAUCACAAGGGGGGAGUAAGCAGUCAUGGCUUCUUCAUCCGCUCCAUCAACCGCGCCAGCUCCAACAAAUCCAACUCCACCGAUAAUUAUCAGAGGGAAAUUCUUCUGGCAGGGUGAUCAGCGGUUCCUGAUCAACGGGGUUGUAUACCAACCGCAUAUCAAGAAACCCCAAUUACUAGUCGACCCCCUAGCCGAGGACCAGCUUUAUAACCUCGAACGCAGCAUUCCGCUACUCAAGGACCUCGGAAUAAACACGAUAUCCGUCUGUAAGGUAAGGUAAGGUAAGGUAAAUUUAACGUCGGGGCAGGCCUCCCGAGGGGCAUACGACGUGAGAGGCUAUGAGGCUAUUUUAGACUUUGUUGUCCUGUGAUUCCACCGUACCACCGGGGCGACCAACCACAGCACCCCGGGUCGGAGCCAGCGUCCUCCCAAGAUGUACAAAAAGAGGCUAUUCCCGCUUCCAAGGCGUACUCGCUUAUGGGAAACCGCUCGACGAGGGAUAAACCACUCUACGCUAGUUCCAAUCCUCCACGGAUACGUGCCGUACAACGACAAUAACCCUCGAACACCUAAUAUCUCCCAUUUCUAACCAAAUGGCACACAUGAAAUUCGACUGUGUUUCCCUCCUCCGGGUGAGGUACUCGACAAACUACCAGGGCUUUGGUAGGUGUUUGUUUCUUCGUAAGGGUUCUGCAAUCUAGUCGUGAUCCUUACGUCGACGUAUAGGUAUAAUUUCGGGGCGACGACGGGGCGAGAACCUUCCUAGGCACUUCGUAUCACGACUUCGAAGUUAUCCUAAUCGUCUCGUCGUCGCAGCUUCUCGUCGUCGAUGCGAAUGUUGGAUUCCUUGUCGAGAGGGCGAAAAGUUGGGCUCUACACCGCCAGAUAGAGUCCUGUUAGCGAGCGGUCGCUGUUUGUAUGGGUGUUGUAGGCCAUUUGGCGAGCCGGCACUAACGUGGCACUAACAGACGCAUGCCAAGAAAAAAGUUGUCAA